AUGCACCGUGGAUGUAAAUUGCAAAUCCAGACAGAAAAAGGUUUGAACAAAGAUGGAGACAUAAUAAUCGGAGGACAUUUUCCUCUCCUUUAUACUAAUACUUACCCUGAAGCUACAUUUGCACAGCUACCUCAACAACCCUACUGGAAAACUUUUGAAAUCAGAACAUUUCGGUGGGGUUUAGCCAUGAUGUAUGCCAUUGAUGAAAUAAACAGAAGCUGGUUCCUGUUACCAAAUGUCAGUCUGGGCUAUUCGAUUCAUGCUUCUUGUUCCAUGGAGGCCAAAGCACUGCAGGGCAUUAUGUGUCAGCUUUCAGGUAAAGCACAGCCAGUUCCAAACUUCUGCUGCUGGACCCCAUCCUCUGCCUCAGUAAUCAUUGGAGAUUCCUUAUCUGUAACCUCAAUCCCUAUGGCAAGAAUCCUGGGUCUGUACCUCUUCCCACAGAUCAGUUAUGGUGCUACAGUUCCCAUCUUGAGUGAUAAAUAUCAGUUUCCUUCAUUCUUUCGUACAACCCCACGCCAAGACUAUCAGUCAUUUGGGCUUGCUGGGCUUAUGGUACAUUUCGGUUGGACAUGGGUAGGAAUACUUGUUCAAGACAAUGAUUUUGGACUUCUGGGAAGCCAGAGUUUUAAACCAGCGAUUGUUAAGGCCGGGGUAUGCAUUGCUUUUACAGAGCUGCUUCCAAUAUUGUAUUCCAAGACCAAAACUCGUCACAUCAUAGAGGUGAUCCAGAAGUCCUCAACAAAUGUAAUUGUAGUGAUCUCUACAGAAUCAAGUGUUAUUCCAGUAAUGGAGGAAGCAUCAAGGAUGAAUAUAACUGGGAAGGUGUGGAUCGCUUAUACAAGUUGGUCUAAUGCACCAAGCAUUUCAAAAAAAGAGUUUUCAAACACAUUAACUGGUACUCUUGGCUUUGCACUUCAUCGUGGCCUGAUCUCUGGAUUUAAGGAUCUGCUCUAUUCUCUUCAUCCUUUAAGAUAUCCAGAAAAUAUCUUUGUUAGACCUUUCUGGGAAGAACUCUUUGGCUGCAAAUGGCCAGAUUCUAAUGCUACACAAGCAGGAACAGUCAAUAUCUUUAGUGAAGGCCGAAGGUUCUGUUCAGGUGAAGAGAAGCUAGAAGAACUAAACAUUCCUUUCUUUGAUGUGCUUAAUUUGAGAGUUACUUAUAGUACUUAUAUGGCAGUAUACGCAGCAGCAUAUGCCUUGCAUGGCCUGCUUUCUUGCAAACCUGGUAAAGGGCCAUUUAAUAAUGGAACAUGUGCAAAUAUUCAAAAUAUUAAGCCAUGGCAGGCCCCCAUGUCUGUUUGCAGUGAACACUGUCGAUCUGGACACAGAAAAGCAGUUCGAGAAGGAGAACCAGCAUGUUGCUUUGAGUGUGUCCAGUGCUCCGAAGGAGAAAUUGCCAAUGAAACUGAUUCCAGUGAAUGUCUUAAAUGCAAUGAUGAUUACUGGUCAAAUGAAAAGCAAGAUAAAUGCAUCCCUAAAUCUAUAGAGUUUCUUGCCUACAGUGAACCUCUUGGCCUAAUCUUGGCUGUCAUCUCAAUUUUUUAUUCUUGUUUGACGGUAGUUAUCUUCAUCAUAUUCUGGAAAUACAAUGCCACUCCCAUUGUCAAAGCUAACAAUCGUUCACUGAGUUAUUUUCUUCUAAUUGCACUUAUUCUCUGCUUUCUCUGCUCACUGAUAUUCAUUGGCUACCCAAUCCCAGCAACCUGCAUGUUCCGGCAGGUUACUUUUGGUACAAUAUUUGCCUUCUGCAUCUCCUGUGUACUUGCCAAAACCAUUACAGUUGUUAUUGCCUUUAGAGCAUCAAGGCCAGGCAGCAAGUUAAGGGAAUGGAUGGGACUCCAGUUACCCAUUGCUUUAAUCCUUACUUUUUUAUGCAUUCAGGUUGUUAUUUGUGUUGUAUGGCUAUGUACUACACCACCAUAUCCAGAAUUUAAUAUGAAAUCCAUAACUGGUACAAUAACAGUAGAAUGCAAUGAAGGAUCAACAUCUGCAUUUUGGAUUGUGUUAGGGUACAUGGGCGGUCUGGCUAGUGUGAGUUUUGUUGUUGCCUUCCUGGCAAGGAAACUGCCAGCUAGCUUUAAUGAAGCCAAAUACAUCACCUUUAGCAUGUUUGUCUUUGUCAUUGUUUGGUUGUCAUUUAUUCCAGCUUACCUCAGCACAAGAGGGAAAUAUAUGGUAGCUGUGGAGAUAUUUGCUAUUCUGUCUUCCAGCACCGGAUUGCUUUCAUGUAUAUUUUUUCCAAAGUGUUAUAUUAUCCUGCUGAGGCCUGACAUGAAUUCCAAGGAAUAUUUAAUGGAGAAAGGUGCUUUUGAUAAAAAUAAACAUAAUCAGUAA